UUAUAUAUAAGAUUCAAUAAGAUUAUUUUUUUAAAUUAAUAAAUUAGGGACUCAACUAAAAACUAUUAAUAAAUCAAUGACUCAACUUAAAACUAAUUAAAACAUGACAAAUAAACAAAACUAUCUAAAAUCAUGAAAAUCAUGACAAAUAAGCUAAAUCACUUUAUAAAUAAUAGUAUAGAUAAUCAGAUGUAAUAUGAUUUUUUUCCAUUCGGUUUAUGUUACUAGGUAGUAUCCGUAGAUAAAGCAGAAAGAUUAAAAAGUUAUUUUUGAGUUUUACUUUAAGAGAUUAAUAAUUCCUAACAGAUUAGCUAUAGUCAGAAUUUAAGAAAACAUUGCCGUAAAAAUAGUUAAGAAAACAUUAGAUUCAAUUUUCCCUUUAAUAUAAGACUAAUAUAUAUAGUCGAUGUCAAAAAAAAAAGAGACUAAUAUAGUCAUUAUUCAUUAAUAAAUAAUUGUUCCCUUUGGCUCCACCAAAAUUGUGGGGAUAACUAAAAUUUAUGUUUAUACAAAAGAAAGCUAAAAUUAUUAUUGUUAUUCCCUUUUUCUUAUUCACUUAUUGUAUUCACAAGCUCACAUCCAAUUAUUAUGUUAUUAAGAUUGAAUGAUACUAUACAUACCUAUAUAAUAUAUUGUUUGGUUUAAAAUUAACGAGAAUCUUAUCAAACAUAAUUUGUUUAUAAGGGGAAUCCAUAGUGGAGAAUCAAAUAUCUUUACAUCCGUUAUUCAUUUAAUAAGUAACAUGUUUGCAGUUGUUAAUAAGUAAUUAGAGUUUGUCCGCAUGUACGGUUUUUUUAAGAUUGAUCAAAAAAAAUUAAAUGUUCUUACAUGACGCUGAAUGUUCAUAUCGAUCGAUUUUAGCUAUCCAAGCAAAUUUAUAUGUUAUAUACCUAAAAAAAUGAAAAUACCGAUGAUGUGAUUAGUUUGUGUCUAUGGAGAAAGGUAUAACAUUGUGGGAUUUAGGGUAUUUGGUUAAUUAGGGUAAAAGUCUAGUGUAUAGGGUGCAAUUUCCCUUUCUAGUAUACUUGUGUACACUAAUACAUAUCUUUUCAAAUUAUGCAUGUUUCAUGUCAAAAUAAUAUGCUAUAUUUUUCAUUUUUAACGUAUCAUAAUUUUUUUAUAUGUCAAAUAAUUUAAACACUUACAAGUUGCAACACCUGGAAAACAUAAUUAACUCAAAAUUCAUAAAAAAAAUUAAUAAGUGCGUGUUAGUAUUGAGAGGCUAGCGAUUUUUCUCAUGAUUCUUCGAAACAUUGGUACUAACUAAAAUAUUAUAUUUUUAACAAUUAUUAAUAUAAGAUACUACAAAAUUUGGAAAAUAUAGUUUGGGAUAUUCUGAUAUUCAAUGGUAAAAUUUGGAAAUGAGUUAAUUAGGUAUAAUCAAAAACUAAAUAGUAAACAACAAAAAUUGAAAAUCAGUUAAAAAAAAAAGAAAGAUAAUGAAGAUUGUGUUUGUUUGAAUAUAGGAAUAUUUCAAUAUUAUAUUCACUUAGAAACUGGAUACGUUAAUAUGGUGAAUUAUUUUUUUAAUUUUAAAUAUGGUUUUAUUAUUAUUUAUAAAUUAAAUGUCGAUUUAUAGUUGUGAUUAUUUUUAUCCAUAUUUAAAUUAGCAUAUCCAUAUUUUUAAUAAAAAUGAAUCAAAUAUUAAACAAACUUGAUUAAAAUUAUUCCUUUAACUUUGUUUAUAUUUUAAAUUAUUUAUUGUCUAUAUUUCAAUUUAAAAUAUUUAGUUAAUACAAAUAAAUGAAUAUAUAGUAUUUUUCUACUAAGACAAUCAAUAAUAUAUUUUCCUAUGUUGCAUAUGUGCAUUUGCACUAAAAUAAUUUAACUUUUCAUAUACAUUAUAGAUAUAUCAAAACCAAUUUAUUAUAAAACUAGUAUAUGAUUGAAUAUAUAGUCUUGUAUUGAACAAUAUUAUGCAUUUAUCAAUACAUUUGUGCUAACAAUAAAAAUAUUUAAUACAUCUAUAAUGUAUAAUAUAAUUAAUAAUAAUAACAUAACUCUAUAUAGUUUAUAUGUACAUGGGAUUGGAGGAUAUAACAAGAGAUUGCCAAAAGAAUCUUUCUUAAAAAUUAUUUAGAUAAAAAAUUUCACUAUGAAAAAAAUUCUUGACUUAUGUUUUAAUAAAUAAGAUAUACAUUUAUCAAUACAUGCGUGCUAACAAUAUAAAUAUUUAAUACAUCUAUAAUGUAUAAAAUAUUUAAUAAUAAUAACAUAAAUCUAUAUAAUUUAUAUGUACAUAGGAUUGGAGGAUAUAACUGAGAUUGCCAAAAAAACUUUCUUAAAAAUUGUUUAAAUAAAAAAUCACACAUGGAAAAAAACUUGAUUUAUGUUUUAAUAAAUAAGAUAUGAUUUAUCUGCAUACAGGAUUGCAUGAUAUAACAUGAGAUUGGCAAACAAAAACUUUCUUAAAAUUGUUUAAACAACAAAUCACACAUGAAAAACAUUUUGACUUUUGUUUUAAUAAAUAAGAUAUAGAGUAUAUUAGUUAGUACUUCCCUUUUCAUAACAAAUGUCCUUUAUGAUUUAAUAAUUGUAUUUGACAAAUAAUGUCCCUUCAUGAUAAGCGUUUUCAUACACAUGAAUAUUACCUUUCACAUCUUUAUAAUGCGCACAUUAAUGGACACGUUCAUGAACUCAGCUCCGUCAUUUCGAUUGACAGAUCCCGAGCGAUCUAGCUUUUGCAGCAAUUAUGACACAAAGUAGUCCCUACACGAAGCAGGACUAGACGGUAAAAGAGAUGAGUUUCUGUUUGCUUCCGCUAUUUUUGAUUUUUAUCACAGCCGCUCAUAUUCAUUUUGCUAACUUUGUAAAGUGUGCCCGUAUAAAAAGAUUACAUGUAUAUGUUCUAUCAUAUAUCUUUAACAACAUGUUUGGAUAAAAAAUGGAACCAUAAUUAAACCAGGAAUACUCCAUGUGUGGAAGAAGAUAUAACUAAUUAAGCAUGAUGACAUCAACUAAGUUAGUUCUCAACUUCUUGCAUAUUAUUGAGAAUUCUAAUCGGAGUUGUCAAAGCUCACACAAGCUAGAAUGGUUUGCAACACGACCACCAUAUUCGUCAUCUCACGUCUCAAUCCUAUCUUUUAAGUUUGCAUAUUCUUUCACAAAAAAAUAUUCAUCAAUAAUUUAGUCCAAAAUUUUCUGUUCUUUGAACAUGCUUUGUGAAUUUGCUUUUUGCAAUUAGAGUUAAUAUUGAUUUUGUAAAGUAAAAAGAAUUAAAAGAGGGAUUUGAUUCCUAAUCUUUAUAGCAUAAUGGAAGAAAACCAUGACACAUUAAGCAUUAUCUCAUUUAAGUCAGACUCAAAACUCAUUAUUUAUCAGUUAUCACUUAUGUAGUGUAAGGAAAUACUAGUCACGUCAAAACAUUAAAAAGAAAAUAAACUUAAGUUACUUCUUAUAAUAAUUUCGAUUUACGCUGAUUAGUGUGUUUGUGGUAAUGUUUAUAGGAGAUUAAUGCUUAUUAUAUAACUUAGUGAAGAUAAUAUUUUGGAGAACAAUAUAAUAAAAUAUUCCAUAUGCAGUGAGAAGUUAUGAGAUUAUACUGUAUUAAGUGGUUGACAAUUAAAACAAAAUUAAAUUCAUUCCUCCCAGACUACGGAAUAUAUAUAUUCUUGAUUAACACAUUAUCAAAUACAUAUAUUUAUGUAAACUAUUGAAAAAGAUAUGUAUAACAUUCGAGAUUCUUUGUUUAACGGCAUAAAAAAAGCCAUGCAAUUAUAUUUUUGCUGUGAAUCAAAUCAUCUUAUUUAUUUCUUACAAAAUCAUGAAGAAUAACAUAUAAAUUUAAGCAAAAUCAAAGGGUAUAUAAUCUAUCGAACUGCUGUGAAGAAUAACUUUGUGACUUAUAUACUUAUAAUAUAAUAUGAAUGAUAUAUUCCAUAGUACUUCUUCUAUCAAGAAUUAUAUUCUAUUCAAGUUAGUUAUCUAUUUAUUAUACUUACUACUAGCUAGUGAGUAGUGAUACACAAUUUUUUAAAAAACCUGACAGUUAUAUGGAAUAGAAUCAGAUUCAGUCAGUUAUACGUCACCGUCAACUAGGAAGUCAGAGAAUUCAUUCGACUGAAAACAUUAUGAAAUCUAAUAUUUUUCCUUUUUUAUUUUUAUUUUCGUUUCACCAAGAAACAUAAUCUCGAUUCAUUAAUAAAUUUCUUAAUCUUUAUGAUAAAAAUUAAAUUAACUUUCGUAAAUCGUUUAUAAAUGUUUAAUAACAAUUUCUAAAAUACUGAUACAAGUUUAUAAAUUCAAUUAUACCCUUAAAUGCUAAAUCCUAAACAAUAAUCAAUAAAUCGUAAACUCAUAUAUUAUAUAUUUUUAAAAAUAGGUAGUCAACUUAAAGUAGUUUAAGCAAUUUCUCACUAAUUAAGAAGUUUUUCAUUUCUAUUGAGCAAAAAAAAAAGUAGACUAAAACAAUUUUUUCAUUUGCCUAAAUACAUAUGCAUUCAAACACAUAGUAGUUUGAUUUAGAAUCUGUUUGUGUAUUAUAAAACAUACUUUAAAAUGAACUAACCGAAAUCCAGUACAUAAAUGUAUUAUUAAACGUGGAUUAAAAAUCUACAAAAAGGUAAGACAUACUCCUUCGGUCACACUUUGGUGGCCAAACUGUUGAAAAUCUUGGAGUUAUGAUUAAUCAAAUAAACAUCAAAGAUAUCACUACAAUGUAGUGUUUUAGUCUUCAUUGUAGUGUUAUUUUCUUUUGUCAAAGCAAAGAAGUUGUAGUUGGUUUUCUCUGAUAUUGAUUAUUUAGGUACAAAAUUCCUAUAUGUAUUCGUAUAAGACAUUCUAACCUUAAACCAGGUCCACGGGAUUAAGAUAAACCGACCCAAAAUAUACAUAUAAAAACAUUACUUGCACGUACGUAUUUCCAAUACCUCCUAAAAUUUGAUUCCUAACUUGUUUGGAAAUGAAUGUAACUCUUUUAAUUCUCACUGUCUUGGCAAAUAACGUCACGGAUGAAUCAUCUUACCGUAGUCUACAAAUAAUAAUCAGUUUUGGGACAAUGGGCCUCAACAAGUUAAAACCCAAUGUCAAAAUUAAAAGGCCUGUUAAGAGUAUCAAUAAAUAAACCGUCUAUUACAGAAAACGACGUCGUAUCUUGACCAUCCCUACAAGAAGGAAGUAAACAUCGUUUGGAGAAGAAGAGAGAAAGAAACGAUGGAGCCAACUUCUCUAUUGUCCCCUUUUGAGCACUUUCAUCUUUUUUCUGUUAGAUAUUACCUGUUGCCACGUGUUCUUUUUUUUUUUAGUUGUUAUUGUUUUACUAUUUGGUUGCAGUUUGUACAAUAACAUGAGGGGUCCGAGCAAGUUAACCCACGGAGCUGACUUCUACUGCUUCAAGCACAAUAUCGAGCCUAAGUGGGAGGAUCCCAUCUGCGCUAACGGAGGCAAAUGGACUAUGAACUUCCCUAAAGAGAAGUCUGAUAAGUCUUGGCUUUACACCUUGCUUGCAUUGAUCGGUGAACAGUUUGACCAUGGGGAUGAGAUCUGCGGAGCUGUUGUUAACAUUAGAGAAAAGCAAGAGAGGAUUUCCAUUUGGACCAAAAACGCUUCCAACGAAGCUACUCAGGUGAGCAUUGGGAGACAAUGGAAGGAGUUUCUUGAUUACAACAACAGUAUUGGUUUCAUCAUCCAUGAGGAUGCGAAGAAGCUGGAUAGGAACGCGAAAGACGCUUACACCGCUUGAAAAACCCAACAACCUUUCAUAUCUUGGCACCGUUUUGAGUACAUUUCAGUUACAGUUUUGCAGUGACAGAUCUCCUAUCUAUUUCAUCAAAACAUGACCUGACACUGUCUUUGUUCUUGAGUGUUAACUGUUUACAAGUCCAGCUUUUAGAUUACUAUUAAUAUAUUUAGUGAUAGUGUUCCUAAAUCUGAUGGUGCCCUUGUAUAGACCAACACUUGUCUACUUCAAUUUUCAUCUCAAGAAGUUGACAAAAACAAUUGAAGCUUUGUUGGCAAAAACACCUCAAGCUUUGUUAGGCCUUAACAAUCCAUUCAUGUUUCAAAACGUACAUGGGUCCAUGUACGUUGUUUUCUUCAGGUUUUAGGUUUCUGUUAAGAACCUUUUAAUCAAUAUUGUAUCGAAUUGAACCGAUUUAACUCCGUUUUGACGGUGACCGGUUAACUAACUCAUCACAGCACAGUCAAGAUCUCUAGAUAUUGGGUUAUGACUUAUGAAUGUGAUUCCAACCAUUAUAAAGAACACAUUGAGCGUAGUUUUAACAUAUAACAAGUAUUUUAUUUAGAGUCUAUCUUUAGACAACUUUUUCCCCUCUCUGGUCCGAUUCCCAAGGUGCACCGCUCAGAUGAAUCUCCUCCGCUCCAACGCCGCCGUUCUUUCCCCUUCCCUCUGAAGCAGCCCCUCUCCCUCUCCAUGGUCCUGAUGGUGACUCCUUUUCCGUCACGGUUCAGACCUCCUCCAGAUCCACCUCCUCCAGAUCUGCCGCCGUGGUCGCUGUGUAAGUCUCGUCCGUUUAAAGCUCGCUUCCUCAUCAUCCCUCCAGAACCCCUAGACGUUCCCCUUCUCCUCGCUCCUCUCCUUCAAACCCUCGAAUCCUCCAUCAAUCCCGUCGUCUUCCUCCCUCGUUGCAGCUCUCCGGUUCUUGUUGCUGUAGCUUCUCCUCUGAGGUUCUUUGCAUCGACCAUUGGUUUAACCGGGACUGUUUUCGUGUCAUUUGGAGUGUGUGUUUCUACUGCUUGGUACAGAUUUCAGCACAGUUCCUCUUUUCAGCUCGAGCCACAGUUUAUCUUUGCAGAAACCUCCUCUCUCUUAGUCAAGCUUUCAAAAGGUAUUGUCUCUGUUUCUUCGUGGAACAAGUCUUACCUGUAUGAACCUUGCCUCGUUUUAGGAGUUAGUUGUCUCGAGAUGAGUCCUUUACCUCUGAAUGAGGAUAUUGCCCUCCCUUUGAAUCUUAUUUUACCUCAGUUUGAGGAUGUUGCAAGCGAUCGGUCUUUACCUCUAUAUGAGGAUGUUGCAAGCAAUCUGUUGUCUUUACCUCUAUAUGAGGAUGUUACACUGUGUUCUCCCCCUUUAGUACCUCAGUAUGGGGUUGGUACUAGAACCUUUGUCUUGUUGGCUUUGGUUUCUAUGGUUUCAGGGACUGAUGCUUCUAAAAAUGGAGGUCUUGGAUGGUGUAUCCAUGGUAUGGAUGAAGCCCAUGACGCUCGAAGCUCUGCUAGGAUACUAUAUGUAGUCUCAACCCUUGCAGCCGAAGCUUUGACGUUGCAGGUGGCCCUUCCUUCAGCAUCAUCUGCUGGAUUUUCAAAGCUUCAAGAAAUUUGGGACUCUAUUGUCCUCUUCUCUGCCCUGCAUUCAGGGAUGGAUUUGAACGAGAACGCAGGUUGUCUCCUUACAAACCUUGCCACUCUCUUCAGUCCUCUAUCAUUUAACUUUUAUCAGUGCACGGCAUUAUGUUUGGCUGUUACAAUUGCUAUUUGUGUUUUCUUCAGACUAUGUUCCUCUAUUACUCUAUUUUGAGAUAUGAAUGAAAGAAAUGUUUGACAAAAAAAAAAAAGAACACAUUGAGCGUUGUCUAUGAGAGAGGUCUCAUUGGUAUCUACCAUGACUAGUAUGAACUCUCUGCACCAUUAAUGGCAAUCUCUAGAGACCAUAAGUAAAACAACACUGCCUUAUAUUUUUCCUUUUAAAAUCAUGCAGGUUUGUACACAUGUAAAGAUUACAAACCCUAACGUAACACUAAAUUCUUACAGCUUGCAGGUGUGAAGGUUUUUUUUACAGGUUUACGAGAUUUAACCAUGAAGUUUUGUUAAGUUCAAUUAAACACACAAUGUGUAAUGUAAACGUUUGGUUACGACUCUUGUGAAAAUCAACAUUUUGUUUCAAAGUUCAUGGUUAUAAUUAUCAUAUGUUUAAGAUUAAGAGUUUCCUGUUGGCAUUUUAUCAGGUGAAGAUUUAAGCUUUAAGUAUGAAUCUAUUUUACUGCACCUGGAAAUUUCUUAUCAAUUGAAGGAAUGAAAGAAAGAGUUCAAAAGUUGAAAUACAAUUUAGAUGUUUUUUAUACGAAUAUGUGCAUUUAUGUUUAUAUUUUGAAGAAAAAAUAGUUUCAUGUGUUUUGCAAGAUAGUUGAAGCCUGGAGGCUUAAAGUUUGUUAUGAUGUGAAUAAUAACAUUUAUUUUAAAAUAAAAUUUUAGUUUUAAAAGAUAAAUUAUUAAUGUAAACAUCGAGAUGAUUUAAAAUGAAUUAAAAGCAUUAUUAUUCAUAGGGAAAAAAUAUCAGUAAUAGUUCAUUGACAUUAUUGUAGGGAAAAAGGGUUCAUAUGUCAGUCGAUGAUGAACGUAAAUGGAUAUUACUGUUUUGGCACAUAUCUAUAGUUGUCAUGAUGGGUCACAUUUUGUCUCAUGACUCCUCUUUUUUUUUUGUGCACCUUCUCAUGACUCCUAUUAUACAAAAAUUGUGAUAUAACAAACUAAGUCCCACAUUGGAAAAUUAGACAAGGAGUGUCUAAUAUAUAAAGAGAUGUCCAACUCUAAUAGUACGAGGCCUUUUGGGAUGGAAACCAAAAGUAAAUCCAUGCGGGCUUGCCAAUUAGGCCCAAAGUGGAUAAUAUCGUACUAAUCGGAUAAUAAAGAGUUGGACAUGGAGUUUAACAAUCCCAACAAUUGGUAUCAGAGCGCAGUUGACGAGAAAUCUGUAAGAGAGACCGAAAUACCCUUUGAAUGAUGAAUGAGUGAUGAAUGGGUAUCCUAUGAGUUAGGAAUGAGAGGUGUGCAGCAGAUAUCGAGUCAGAAGAUCCUGGAAGUCAGUUGUGGGACACGAGAUGAAUGUGAUCCUUAGUUUGAAGGGGAGAAUGUGAUAUAACAAACUAAGUCCCACAUUGGAAAAUUAGACAAGGAGUGUCUAAUAUAUAAAGAGAUGUCCAACUCUAAUAGUACGAGGCCUUUUGGGAUGGAAACCAAAAGUAAAUCCAUGCGGGCUUGCCAAUUAGGCCCAAAGUGGACAAUAUCGUACUAAUCGGAUAAUAAAGAGUUGGACAUGGGGUUUAACAAUCCCAACAAAAAUGUGCAUCACGCACUGAUAAAACAAAUAUUUUUUAUUACAUUGUCAUAUCAAUUCAAAGAUAAAAACAAUUUACAGACUUUGAUAUAUAUAUAUGUCGUAGAUGCUUAUGUGAAUCGUUGUAUCUCUAACUACACAAUCAAACAACAAAUGAGAUUUGAACAAAACGAGUCAGACCGAAACAUAAAUCUAUUUUCCGACCUUAAAAAUACUACGGACUGUGAAAUCAGAAGCUCCUUGACGACAAACAAACAGAGACAAAUUAUUAUGAUGAAUAACUAUUUUUUGAAACUUAUGAUGAUGAUGAUAAAUAACUAUUGAAGAGUAAUGGGUGGAAUAAAGGACCAAUAUAAAGUAAAAACCAAAAUAGCCUGCAGCGUCCAACUAUCACUUUCGUCUACGCGAUGAGUCUAUAAAAACAAAAUUAAUUUUCCAUUCAGUUACUACUACUAGUUCAAUUCUCUCCCGUUUCAACAAAAAAAAACUUGGUAAUUGACACACAUUUUAAUUGGCUUUUCAUUCCUAUGCAAAGAAAGUUUUUGGCUUAGCAUUCUAAACCUCAUGCAUCCAAAUAAUGUAUGGAAUGUGUGGAGCUUUACAUAUUUUGUCUUUUUAAGAUAUUUAGUGGUCAACUAUAACUGAAAUCACAUUGAAAGUUCUAAUUUUAAAACAUGAAGAUGAAUCUCUUAACCACUAUAUCUGGCAUCAAGUAGUUUUUGUUGUAACAAUAUGCAAAUAAUUUAGAAUAGCUGAGAUUAUGAAUCUUAUUUUGUAGCAUCAUUUAAUCCUUCAAUUCCAUCAUAUUUGCUGAACUAUCGUCUUUGUUUAGAGUAUUGAUCAGUCUUUGAGAGAGAAAAGAUAUGGAAGGAUUGAUCAAAGGUUUGUCCGUCUUAAACCACAGUAUUCAAUUUGAUCAAUAAAUUAAACUUAGAUAAAUCGAUAUAAGACUUAUAUUUGUGUUUUAACCACAUUUGAGCCUCAAAUAGCUCAGAAUUAUAUUUUGAGACGAUAAAUCGAUAUAAUGUCUUAUAACAAAGACGGACAAAUCAGUAUUCAAAACAUUUGAGCCUCAAAUAGCUCAGAAUUAUAUUUGUGUUUUAACCACAUUUUAUAUAUCUUUGUUAUUUAGUAAUUUUAAUUAGAAAUAACUGCAUUACAACUUAUUUAAGUAUCUGUAAGAACAAAUUAUAAACGAGAACUAUAUAUAGCUCAAUGUUCUAAAAAUUGUAGGCGGUGGUUAGGUGCUUCAUAGAAGAUUAUUGUUUAGGCGGACGUCUAUGUCAACGUCUGAAAAAAUCGUUUCGCUCAUAUCCGAUUUGUCGAUUAGACGGAUGUAUAGGCGCCGGCUAGAUCGAUUUUUAGAACACUGAUAUAGACCAAAUUCACAUUGGUCAAACAAUAAGUAGUUUUUUUUUCACCUAUCUUUUGAAAUUAGAUCAAGUCUAACAAAGAGGGAGGAGUUUUAAUAAAUUUUUUCGUCCAAAGCACUUUUAUAAUAAUAAUGAAACACGUUAAUUAUCUAAAAAACGCUUUUAAUUUACAAGACAUGUGAAAUAAGAGGAACUAUUGUGUCACAGAUGAAAAAAAUAAAAAUUAAACCCUGCACUAGCCUCUAAGACCAUUUAGAAGUAAGAGGCAAUAGUAGCCAUUGUGCCAAAGAUGGAAAAAAAAGGACAAGACACGUGGAAUAGAAAAGCGUUUUCACGAUCUGAAGUUUAUAAUUUUUGGACUAAUAGAAUUGAAUGAUUCAUUUCAACAAGAACUACUACCUACUUUUAAAACUUUAAUCAUAGUAAACUAAGAAACUAGGAGCAAUUAUUUCAAUCUUUAUAGCGCAAGAGUUUUUUUUCUUUUCUAUAAAGUAACGCAAGAGAUUUCAAUUUUGUUUCUUCCCCAUGGACUAAAAGAAGGAGACUAUGGACUCAAGUCACUCAACAGAGAGCAUUGGGACACCUAAAAAGUCAGAACUUCAUUCAAUUACGUAUUUAUAUAUACAAACAUAACAAUUGAGAAAUGUAUUGACCAAAAAGAAAAAAAAACAAUUGACAAAUGUUAAGAUGUCUGUUUCAUGUUUCAUAUGAAACAUAAACA